CUUGGGCACAGAUCGGGUUGCUGUUCAUUUUUUUGUUCUUUGUGAUCAGCAGUUUGCAGCAGCAUCAGGCAGCCUGUAAACAAUUUGGGAGCAGGAGAGAAUCGAGCAGGUUUUCUAUUUCCCGUGUUCUACCUUCGUUAUUUCCUUGGUUGUUGAUAGUCGUGUUGUCGACCACUGUUAGUUGGCCGUGCUGGGCCUAGCUAAGGCCGAACAAAGCAUUGAAAUAAUAAUGAUGUAAUUGAUUUCUUACAAGUACAUGAUUGUAUUGAAUUAGUUAGUACUAGUUGUGAUUUGAAAGAUCCAGCUGCACGCCUACGACCCAUCGUAGGCAGGCCAGUGAGAUGUGGUUGAAGCUGCGAGCAUUCUUGACUAGGUCUCCGCCGGUGGUGUUGAUCCAGCUGGCAUUUUUCAUCUUCUCGUUCGGUUUGUUCUCUCUGAGUAUCUUCAUACGGUCAGCGAAAGUUCAAGACUUCCAGUCCGAUAAGGCAUGGUCUCAUGUUUACGGGGAUCUCAGCCAGUCCUACAUGUGUGCCCCUGCCCUGGAGCACAUCAGUACACUAAGCACGGCACUGGAACCCGACAAAAGGACAUCGCAUUACCAACAUAUUCGUCUGGAUAACGGCGUGUGCGUAGCACCCCUUGAUGCUGCUGCUGCUGCCGCUGCAGGGAAAGGAACGACGAAACCACCAGCCGCAGCAGCAGUAGGCGCAAAUCCACCACCAGCAGCCACAGCAACAGGUGCAAAGUCCCCGACAGCACAAGGCACCAAAACAUCGCGAGCAGCAGUAGAAGCCAAGACGAUUGCAGCCAAGACGGCUAAGGAUAUCGCAGCAAAUGCGGCGGCGGCGGCAUCAAAGACAGGCAGCAGCUCAGCAACCCGUCAUCGGCGCGGUGUGUCUGUGGCUAGUCCACUCGACGAAACUCCCCUGGAACGUUCCAUACUGGAUACGGUAUGGAAGAGAGCUGUCAAACCUCACAUGAAGGUCGGCAAGUCAUCCAGGUCAGGUGACACGGUGAAUACCAGAGCAAAUCCAGCUAACCAUGCUAAGCCCAAGAAGAAAGCUAGCAAGAAACACAAGAAGAAGAAAGCGAAGAAGUUCAAGCGUAUUCUACAUAGUGUGGUGCUGCUAUGGGCAUUGACUAGUCAGAAAGCGUGUGCGUGGAAGGAAGCCAUUGCUGGUAAUGUGUCAAUCAUCCAUGUCGGCGGAACCGUCUGUGGAUCGCAGCUAGGGAUGACCGAUGGCAAUAUGUCCCGCGUUUCGUUUCUGGGCGAGCUACCCAUGUCAAAGUUGGAUGAAUGCUGCCGGCGGAAAUCUGACAAGAAGACGGGUGAUACGGACUGUACGGAGGAAAUCAAAACGUGUGUCUCGACUUGGUUAUCAUCUGACAGGCUUCCACCGUUGACAAGGAGUCCCCCGGCGUGCAAGGCGUUUGAUGAGUUGCACCUUCCCUGGCUUCCAGUCUACUCGCACAAAUCCAUGAAAACUGGCGCCGGCCUGUGUGCCAACACCACGGCUGUAUAUACCCCAAAGCCGAGGAAGUUCCAUCAGAAGUCGUUUCUCUUCGACAUCACAGUCACUAAGAGUGAACUUCACAGUGCAUCGGAGAAGCUCAGUACACUUGGUGCGUGUCUGCUGCUUGUUUCCAUGGCAAUGAUGGCUGGCUUCCUCUACUCUGUCAAGCCGGAGAAAAGAAUUGUGGCUGUUGAGAAGCUCUAGUGUAGAAUGUGCAGCAGCAGCACCAUCACGAGCAGCCCCGUUACCAGUAGCAGCAGCAGCAACAGCCUGGGCGAACGUGAUUACCUCUGUAACCACCAGGACCAGCACCAACACCAGCACCAGCAACAUUGUAUAUUGGUAUACAGGAGCCAGUUGACCGGUCGCUAAUCCUCGUCGCACUCUGCUGGUACUGUUCUUCCUGUGUGGCAGUUGUAUCUUCUAUUGUGUGCUGGAAUCACGGUCUGGGUGUGAGGUCAGUGUGUGCAGGCUACAUACUGCAUAUUACUGCUGCGCUUGGAGCCCUUUAGCCGUGACUCCUGCUCUUGAAGUCCUGAGACAAUGGCUGCUGUUCUUGGAGUCCCCAAGCUGUGGUUCCUGUUCUUGGAGUCCCCAAGCUGUGACUCUGUUUUUGAAGUCCUGAGGCAAUGGCUCCUGCUCUUGAAGUCCUGGAGGCACGGCUCCUGUUUUUGAAGUCCCCAAGCUGUGACUCUGUUUUUGGAGUCUCCAAGCUGCGGCUUUGUUCUUGGAGCCCUUGAGCAAUGGCUCCUGCUCUUGAAGUCGUGAGGCUGUGGCUCCUGCUCUUGAAACUCUCUCUCUCUUUCUCUCUCUCUCUCUCUCUCUCUCUCUCUCUCUCUCUCUCUCUCUCUCUCUCUCGCUCUGCCAGCAGUAGCUAUUAAAACGACUUUCCUGUAGGCUUAGGAUUUUAUUUCGCCACCGCCGGCGUGUCUGAAAGCGGUCCAGUGCAGUACAGCGUGUAUGCAUACCAGCACUGUACCGCAGUUCACGUGCACUCUGCCGCUGUUUACGGGUGCAUGUGCGCACACGCAAUCUGCUUUUUGCUGCCUUUUUUUAGGACAUGUUUUGUUUGAACGUGACAUUUGCCAAGGUGAAUAGUAAUGUAUCUGCUGUGCAGAUCAACCGUCGCUUUUUUAAAUAUUACGAUAUGCCGGCUUAUCAUCUGCUACCCCUUUACGUUGCACACACUCGUGCGCGCACGUGCACAUACGCAUACACGUACAAGCACAUGCACACACACACACACACACACACACACACACGUCCGCGCUUCUUGUUUCAACUCGACGCGAUCACUUGAUCACCUGUGCAAUCUUGAUGGCUGGCCCAACAUUACAUCACCUCUCACUGUAGUACAGUUCUCUAUCUCAUCACUUGAUAUACUGUAAUGUGCAGCUGUCUGUUUGUACUCUAAAUUCAGAAAUUUUAGGUGCUCAACAUUUUCUGUAUGAGGGCAAAAGGCGAGGUUAAGCGAACGGAAAUUUUCUGUACAGAGAAGCA